AUGGUUGUACCUGACACAUAUAUCCCACCACUAAGGUUCAACUCAAUCCAAUCAAAUCUUUACCGUGGUGCAUACCCACGAUCACCAAACUUUCCCUUUCUCGAAACGCUUCAUCUCAAAACGAUAAUCUCGCUUGUCCCUGACCCUAUAACACCUGAAACAGACUCCACUUUCUACAAUUGGGCUACCACGCAGAAUAUUCAACUCAUACAUAUUGAAUGUGCAUCAGGCGGUAAGGGCAAGAAACGUGCUACACCCUUGGAUUAUUCACUGGCGAUCCAUAUCUUGAACAUUAUUGUUCAUGCACCAAACCAUCCUAUUUUUAUACAUUGCCUCAAUGGAGGCCAGAUCACCAGUCUUUUAGUGGCGUGUUUGAGAAAGUUGCAAUUUUGGUCAGCAAUAUCCAUUUUUAAUGAGUUUAUCAACUUUGCAGACAAUAUCACGGUGAACGAUAGAUUAUUUGUGGAGAAUUUUGGCGGCGUAGUGGAUGUAUGCUACGAGGAUAAAGUUGAAUGGUUGUGGAUUGGUGUAAGCAAGCAUCUUUUAAAUAGCCAUCCGCGGUUGAAAGUACGCGAGAUUGCCAAAAGGGAGGAUACACUAGACGACAAGGAUCCUUUACAAGUGUGA